UUACCUACUCAGUAUAAAAAUUCUUGCAAAUACGAACAAUCAUUUUAGUGUUUUGAAAGAAAAACGAACAAAAAAUAAGUGUUGCUUAAGCUUUGUUAUAAAUCGCCGCAAUAAAAUCUGUCACCAUCACCACUGUCUGCCCGUUAAAUAGUGGGAUUUGGAAAUUAAACCCAGUACACGCGAAUCGAGAGUUCCAACUCUUAACCACGGAGCAGUAGGUACUCGGAAAUGCUAUGAAGUAAAAAAUAUACCUAUCACGUGCUUGGAAAUAACUCUGUGAAAAAAAAGAUCUUUAAAAAAGCCCGCACCUCGCAGUAUAAUGUUUUAGCGAUAGAAUUUAAUUUUACAUGUUUUAAGAACUUAUUUACUUGCUAGAAUAAAUUAUAAUUUGUAACCUAAUUCAAAUAGGCAAACAGGAGGCAUUUCCUAGCAUUGCAUUGCAAUACAAUAGGAUCAUUUGGUGCCGUAUAGAGUAAUAAUCGCGCGCGAAAUCAAGGCCAAUUUAUGGUUCGAAGGGCGGGCGGGCGUAUCACGAACCCACGGGCAGUCAGUCGCUCCGCUCGCGUCCCGUGCCGCUGCCCGCGCCCCACGCCUGGCUGCGAUGCUGCGAACGUGCUGCUUGCUGCUGCUCUGUAUAGCAGGCAGCCGACAACUGUCUAUUACGGAGUUUGCCGUGCCAAGUGCCGUCGAGGCCGGGAAGAAUGCCGAGUUCCAGUGCCGGUACACCGAAACGGAACCGAUCGACUACAUCAAGUGGUGGUGGACGCCGCUCUACGUGCCCAGCGAUGACAGGAACCGAGUCCUUCUGUACCAACGUCUGCAGGGCCAGCCUGCCGAGCUAGCACGGAAGAACAUUGAGGGGAAAGACAAUGACGCUAUCCUGUUAAUGGACCUGGAACCAACCGACUCCGGGAUCUACGAAUGCGAAGUAUCUGGUGUAGCGGAGGUUCGCAAGCAUCAAGAUUUGAUUGUCUUUUCAAAUGCCACCGACAUGCAUUUGAAUACAACGACGCUGGUUGACGAGAUGUACCCCGACCGGUCGGAAGAGGAGGUGCUGGUGGAGUGCGCGGCGGCCGGCGCCUCGCCGCAGCCGGAGCUCGCGAUCUAUGUCAACGGGGAAGAAAUCGUCAAUUUAACGCAGCUUGUUUCUGGCGGCGAGGCCGGAUUCUACAGCGUGUACGCCAACGCAACCGUCAGCAAGGAGGAACUUGAAGACUCCGAGAUUCACUGCGAACUGUUCUUCGAGAACAGGAACAUAACUCAUCCUCCCUACGUCGUCAAACUACUGUAUUCGUCAGGCGCUGGCUGGUCUACGACGGAGGCGGCCGAGGACACGACCCUCUCAGAAAUGGCAUCCGAAUUGCAAAACAACGGCGUCAGUGGUCUUCACGCAUGCUUAUGGAUCGUAAAUGUGGCAGUCAUAUUACAAUUGUAUUUUCAUGUUAUUUAUUGAACUCAUGAUGUGAUACUAAUAUAAUAAUUUACCAUGUUAUGGUUAUUCAGUAUUAAUUCUAAUAAACUUUUGAUUACUUAUCUAA